AGGUACUGACGACAACAUGGAGGAAGUCAUGAGCAGGCUGCAGACAUUGAGUCCAGAUCAACUACGGCAGGAGAUUAUCAGGGCAGGGCUGAAGUGUGGCCCCCUUACCACUACUACAAGAGCCAUCUUUGAGAGGAAGCUGGCCAGAGCCCUCCUGGAGAAGCAAGUAGGGGAUGGCGGGGUGACUGAUAGAGGUAGCUCCUCCAAUACAGAGUCUAAUGGACCCACAACAAACAGAGUAGAAACUGACCACAAUCUGGAACUCAAAUCAUCAGCAGAGGAGGGCAAAGAGACAGAGGAAUUGGAUGAACCAGAAUCUCCUCUUGUUUACUAUGGUGUAUGUCCUCAUUGGGAGGAGUCUGUGGUAGCUGAUGGUAAGACCUAUUUUUGUCCUAUGAAUAGUGCAUGGUAGAGAUUGUCUGAGUUCAAUGUAAAUGUCUCUAUGUUCCCCCCAAUAGAAAAAGUCCAUGUAUAUGUGGACCGGAAGAAAGCUCUGAGAGCAAUGAUGACAAUGAAAGGGUCCAGAUUUAAGCCCUUCUCAACACGAGAGGAAGCUGAGAAAUUCUCAAAAGGCAUCAACGACAAUAGCCCUUCGGCCAGCACAUCCGCACCAGAUGGGCCCCAGAGGGUGCUGGAACCUGUAGUCCAUACAGGUAUGUCUGCUUCAUAACAUAGCUGUAUCUAAUACAGAGCCACUAUAUAGAUAGAGAGCUAGAUGGAUCAUUCACCUCUUUUGUGUCAUGUAAAAUUAACAAGAAAAGCAUUUUUAGAUUUAGUUACUCCCUCCGCACUGAUCAACAUGCAUACACCAACACUCUUGUCUUCCCAGGCAGCCCUAUCGCAGGGGGAACUUCACCUGUGAACCUGGAGAGGGCCAAUGAGUUCCGUAGCCCCCGCACCCAGGACCUGACAGCAAAGCUGAGGAAGGCUGUGGAGAAGGGGGACAAGGAAGCCUUCAGCAGGCUGGUCUGGUCCAACCCGCGCUACCUCAUCGGAUCUGGAGACAACCCCACCAUCGUCCAUGUAUGGUUCAUAUGAUUCAUGCAUCUACUAUCUCCAUGAGAGCAGAAAGGUACUUCACGUUCUCUUACGUGGUAAAAUAACUAAUCGUCUUCCUGUUUGUAGGAAGGGUGCCAUUACAAUGUACUGCAUGUGGCGGCCAAAGAGAACCAGUCUGGCAUGGUCCAGCUCCUCCUGGACACCCUGGAGAGCCCAGACUUCAUGAGACUCAUGUAUCCUGAUGACCAGGAGGCCAUGCUACACCAACGCAUCCGUUACCUCGUUGACCUGUACCUCAACACACCUGACAAAGCAGUGAGAACUUAUAUGAACUGUAUUUGUGUAAAACACAGGUAGUUGGUAGUCGGCACAAUGCACACAUACAGUGGGGGAAAAAGUAUUUAGUCAGCCACCAAUUGUGCAAGUUCUCCCACUUAAAAAGAUGAGAGAGGCCUGUAAUUUUCAUCAUAGGUACACGUCAACUAUGACAGACAAAUGGAGAGAAAAAAAUCCAGAAAAUCACAUUGUAGGAUUUUUAAUGAAUUUAUUUGCAAAUUAUGGUGGAAAAUAAGUAUUUGGUCACCUACAAACAAGCAAGAUUUCUGGCUCUCACAGACCUGUAACUUCUUCUUUAAGAGGCUCCUCUGUCCUCCACUCGUUACCUGUAUUAAUGGCACCUGUUUGAACUUGUUAUCAGUAUAAAAGACACCUGUCCACAACCUCAAACAGUCACACUCCAAACUCCACUAUGGCCAAGACCAAAGAGCUGUCAAAAGACACCAGAAACAAAAUUGUAGACAUGCACCAGGCUGGGAAGACUGAAUCUGCAAUAGGUAAGCAGCUUGGUUUGAAGAAAUCAACUGUGGGAGCAAUUAUUAGGAAAUGGAAGACAUACAAGACCACUGAUAAUCUACCUCGAUCUGGGGCUCCACGCAAGAUCUCACCCCGUGGGGUCAAAAUGAUCACAAGAAUGACCUGUGAAUGACCUGCAGAGAGCUGGGACCAAAGUAACAAAGCCUACCAUCAGUAACACACUACGCCGCCAGGGACUCAAAUCCUGCAGUGCCAGACGUGUCCCCCUGCUUAAGCCAGUACAUGUCCAGGCCCGUCUGAAGUUUGCUAGAGUGCAUUUGGAUGAUCCAGAAGAGGAUUGGGAGAAUGUCAUAUGGUCAGAUAAAACCAAAAUAUAACUUUUUGGUAAAAACUCAACUCGUCGUGUUUGGAGGACAAAGAAUGCUGAGUUGCAUCCAAAGAACACCAUACCUACUGUGAAGCAUGGGUGUGGAAACAUCAUGCUUUGGGGCUGUUUUUCUGCAAAGGGACCAGGACGACUGAUCCGUGUAAAGGAAAGAAUGAAUGGGGCCAUGUAUCGUGAGAUUUUGAGUGAAAACCUCCUUCCAUCAGCAAGGGCAUUGAAGAUGAAACGUGGCUUGGUCUUUCAGCAUGACAAUGAUCCCAAACACACCGCCCGGGCAACGAAGGAGUGGCUUCGUAAGAAGCAUUUCAAGGUCCUGGAGUGGCCUAGCCAGUCUCCAGAUCUCAACCCCAUAGAAAAUCUUUGUAGGGAGUUGAAAGUCCGUGUUGCCCAGCGACAGCCCCAAAACAUCACUGCUCUAGAGGAGAUCUGCAUGGAGGAAUGGGCCAAAAUACCAGCAACAGUGUGUGAAAACCUUGUGAAGACUUACAGAAAACGUUUGACCUGUGUCAUUGCCAACAAAGGGUAUAUAAAAGUAUUGAGAAACUUUUGUUAUUGACCAAAUACUUAUUUUCCACUAUAAUUUGCAAAUACAUUCAUAAAAAAUCCUACAAUGUGAUUUUCGGGAUAUUUUUUUCUCAUUUUGUCUGUCAUAGUUGACGUGUACCUAUGAUGAAAAUUACAGGCCUCUCAUCUUUUUAAGUGGGAGAACUUGCACAAUUGGUGGCUGACUAAAUACUUUUUUCCCCCACUGUACAUUGUCUGUUAAUUAGAGUUAAAGUGUGUAAAUAAUGUAUUAAUAAGAUGUACUGAAUGUGUGUGAUGUUCCUACAGAGCAAUGAAACUCCUCUUCACUUUGCCUGUAAGUUUGGCUGUCCAGACGUGGUCAACGUGCUGUGUUGUCAUCCUGCUACUGACAAACACCGGCAGAACAAGUACAACCAGAAGCCCUCUAGUGUAAGUCACAUUACAGCUAUGAAAUACAGAAUCACUUUUGUUGCACUUAAGCGUUCAAUUUUUGCUCAGUAAGGUUUAUUUCCCCCUGAAUUUCAUGCCAGAAACUGCACACUUUAGAAGACUAAAUAGUUGUAUUACUGCCUUUACAGGUGAUAUGUGAGAGGAAAAACAAAACCCCUUACAUAAAAAAGAAAAUCAAUGAAUAUUUGGAGGGUGAGUUUAGAUGGUUGCCAAUGCUGGCUGUAACACCUUUUUGUGUGCAAAUUCCAACUUGUGAACACAUUGCUAACUUUUACCCUUGCUGACACAGAACGGUGCUAUGUUCCCUUGCUGAGGGAUACCAACAACAGCUUCCAGCCUGUGAUUGGCUUGCCAUGGUCCCCAAGCCCAUUGGAGGUGGAUUUUAAUUGGCUGGGAUCUGCAGUGGGCGGGAGUCCCAUAGAGCCAGUCAUGACUGUGAGAGCUUAUGUGGGACCACUCAGUCCUUCUAAGGUAACACCAUCAUUUGAAAUCAUAUUCAUUCUCAAUACCUUGGGAGUAUUGGUAUUACAAUUUACCCCUCAUGGUGAAGGUACAUACAGCUGUCAGAAUUCAGAUAUGUCAUUGUUUUAGCACUAUCCACAGAGUUUUUAAACUGGCGCGCGACAUGAUUCAAUGCGCCAAUAAAUCAGCACAAUCUACUUUUCGGUUUGAUGGCGUCUUUCAGCUAAAAUUGGGAUCAUGUAUACUGUGCCAAGGUCGAUACUAAAAAAGAGUAAGGAAGAGCAAUGUACAAUACGAAGAAUUUAGCAAACAAGGCUUUGUGGUAAGUGCAUGGAGGCUGCCAUCUUUAUGCACCUCCGCUAUUCUAUGUCUCUAAACGUCACAAGCCAGUAACUAUUUGUCUUCCAGGCAGAUGAGUUCCACAGACUAUGGAGAACCCCACCCAGGGAUCGAGCAGAGUAUUUCCACCGUAUUCUCAAAUCUGACCCUGACCGGGGAGCAGAGCGUGUGGGGAGGUGAGUGAAAACAAUAAUAAUGACAGUGGGCAAAUGACCAUUAUUAGGAUUAAACAAAAUAACAAAACAGCAUUUGGGUCCCAAAGGGGACAGACAUUACAGUGGUAUAUUAUCUGAGUGAUCUCUACAUUUACAUCUCUAUUGACAGGGAGAUUGCGCAUGACAUGGGGCAUCCUUGGGCAGAAUACUGGGACUUCCUGGAUAGCUUCAUUGACCUGUCUACAGAGGAGGGACUGAGGAGGCUGGAGGAGUAUCUGGAUAGGAAGGACCAGAGUGAGCCUCCCCUAGAAGGAUUUGGGAAGACCGAGGAUACCGGUGAUGGAUUUAAAACAUCAACCCCCUCCAAAGGUUAGCACUUCCAUAGCAAACCUUAGAAACAUGGCUUGUAUGUGAUAACGUCAUAUUAUUAAAGGCUUAAAAUUAUAGUGGGAAAUCCCCAAAAAACUAUCUACAAUUCAUCAUGUGGUUGAUGUCAUUUCAGAGGAGCAGAACCAGAGCCAUGUCCCGAUCAACCACAUUCUGAAUGACAGAAGGUGUCUAUCAAAGGAGAAAGGUUCCCAGUCUCCUGUGUGUAACCUCCUGCCAGAGUUUGAGAAAGCCAGCCUAAAGGAUGGCUCUGUCCAAGUGGAGGACCCGGAGGAGGUAAAGAGUGUUGAGGGCCGUCUGGCUCCCUCUGUACCCAGGAAAGAGGGACUGGACCUGGGGGAUGGCAGUUUCUGGAGGAUCUGGGAGGGGAGCCAGGGGAAGAGGCAGGUGGAGGAGCUCUCCAAUCCCAGCUCAGAGGAGUAUCUGACAGCAGAUGAGGGCUCAGACUCCGAGGGCCCAGGUAGUCCCAGAGAUAGGCGAGGCUCAGGCUCCUCUAGCGCAUCUUACAAAUCCACGAAGGGAGACGCCUCGAAAGAAACAAUUCUGACGAUCGACACCCCUACAAGACAAAGACAGGAACUGUUCAUGGACGGGUAAUUCUUUAUUUACUUUAACAGUAAAUUACAUCAGUCAACCUGUCAAAAUGAUCUGCUGCAUUUUAACAAUCCAUUUUUGUCUCGGUAACACAAGGAUGUGUUAACCAAUGUUCUUUGACUCUUUCUUGCAGGGAAUCUCCCACCAAGUUAGACAGUGAGGUCCUGUCUGCAAUGAAUAACAUGGAGAUUGACCCUGAGAGAAACCCCUGCAUUACUAAGUGGAGGAACACCAUUCUGGCCUAUCCCUCUUCACAGUGGCUAAGGUGAGCUAGAUACCUAUUCCGUCUCUUUAUGCUGUGCCAACAGACUUAUACCUGUAUUGUCUUCGAUGCUCCAGGUGGUUCAUUCUGCUGAUGUUGUGUAUUUCCAGCUGGCCAAGGCCGACGAGGAGGAAAAGCUUGACUGGGACACCAGACUGUUCUCCGAACAGGCUCAGCUUUUGCAGCCCAGGCCCCCACACACCUGCCCAGAGCUGUUACACCCAGACCAUCCUCUGCAGGACCCUCUUCCGCUCUCCAAACUGACACAGGGAAACCACAAGUAAACAGGAUGUCACGUCCCAGGAUCUGAAGGUGGUGUUGCACAUACAAAAGGGCAUGUUGGCCAACAUCCUGCACCACCACAGCAGGUCCAUAGUCCAACUGACUUUAUAACCCAGGCAGGAAACCACUACAUUGCCAUUUAGCAGGUUACCUGUCCUUAUUUUACCCUUGUCCUAGUUUCCAUUUGUGCAACUCUUUCGGCUGUUCUAUGCAAGGCACUGCUCCACUUAACACUAUUACCUUAUCAGGUAGCUAUUCAACUGAUAUUUGCGCUAAUGCUGCCUGCCUACAGCACUUAUGCAUGUCCUCAAUGUAAGCAUUCUCUUCCGGCAGAUAGCAUAGCUACAGAUUACAUUUUCAACUUGAAGCUACCCAACGGAGUGUACCAUUUACCCAGUGCCGAAGUGAUAUGUAAUGUGUGUGUAUACAAUGUGCAAAGAUGCUUUAUAUAUGAAAUGUUCAAAUAAUGUUUUUAUAUUGUUAGUCACUACCUUAUUCCAGAGAUACAUUUGGAGAGUUUUAAAUUGUUUUAAUUUAUACCUAUACACAAGAAG